AUGACGGAUACCGUAAUGACCGGAUACGAAGCAAGGUUGCCCGCAGUGGCCACUGGCCAGUGGCGACGCCGAUUCCAACGUUUUGAGAAGCUUGCAGGUCUGUCGAGGGGUCUGACGACCAGCAGCGCCCUGGACCUCUCCGGGACUACAAGGACUGAACGCAAGAUAAGACCCCACGAGGGCCAUCUCAAACGGCUUCGCGAUCAUGACUACCGUCUUGCAUCUUACAUCUGGCUACCUGCGAAGCCGACUGCAGAUGUUCUUCAAACAAGCCUGGACCGUGAUGGGGCUCUGCGUUGUCCAAGCGACUGGUCACCAACCAUGAUACACUCAAGGUCCAAACACGGGACCCGAAAAGUCUCACCUCCUGGGCCAAGUUACAUGAAUGAGGAACAGAUUGCGACGUAUCUGAAGGACCUACGAACCAAUAGGCCCCCACGCCCUAAUGGAUCUCGACCCUUUCCUACCAAGAGCAUCUCAUCGAGCCAAAAACUCAGGAGCGAUCUACCACCCCGUGCAUCGUCAGCACUUUCCAUGAACAUUGACUCAGAAAACCAUCGUGUUUCCUCCCUCGAGCCCUAUCAGCGCUCAGCGAGUGCUCUAUCACACCACAGGAAACACUCAACACUUUCCAAUGGAAGUGUAUCUACUGAACAAUCGUUGGAAGAAGAGCCAGAACAAUCGUAUGAUUUAUCAAGAAGUCUCUCUCCAGCAGCAAGUAUUAGGUCGACGACGGGAACAUACAGAGUACGGGGCCAGAGAUGGAUGGAACGAGAGGAAGCACGGUCGUUACGGCAAGCUUUGGAAGAAAUGGACUUCCGAGAUGAUGAAAAGCGGUUGCAUGCUGCAGCCCAAGAGGAAGCUACCCAAUUGGUAUUCAGUCACCAGACCUCCGGCUUUCCAAAGCUUAAUCCACAUGCUCCCUACCUGAACCCUGACCUAAUUGCCACCAAUCAAUUUCGUCAGCAUCUGAAAAAAGGCGCGUAUGCACGAAGUCAAAGCAGAGAAAGCCCCGAGUUCCAAAGGCGUGUGGACCCAACCGGGUCCAAUCUUUCGCCAAAGAUAGUCGACGUUCCAGAGGAUAAUGAAACCAUCUCGGUCACAAAAAACGGAACUCUGACCCAAAAACCGAGGGUUAAUUUUGCCUUGGAAACGGAUAAUUCCAAUUCCCCAAGGACAGUCGUACAGAGGAAAGCCAGUUCCGCGGACGAGGAUUGCCAUAACCCAAAGGGUGAUGACACGCCCCAAACUAAAGAUGGUAAAGAAAUCCGUGGUGACGACAUCCGCGCAGCAACGAGCAUGCGACUCAAGGAUCGUAGUAGUAAACUACCUAUGCCAACCGUUGUUAGUGAUCGUCCUGGCCGUCCAAUUGUGAGCUUCGACCCAUCUUGGAGCAUCAAAUCGCAGAGCAAUUCUCCCAGAGACUCUCCCAGAAAUAGCCUUGUUGGAUCCAUAAAGGAACCAGCCGUAGAGGUUACACCCCCUCCGGGGAAUGUGGUACCCGCUAUCAAAGUUUCGGAUGAUCCUCCAGCUCCAGUCAUCAACGUUUGCGGAGACGAUUCAGCGGCGUUAACCGUCUCAUCCUCCGGGGUCCCAACAAUUGCUGAGAUGAAGGCUGCGGAGGAGAAACCCCGACCAUUACCAAACCCCAGCGCGAGCCAAAAUGGGAAGCAGAACCAGAGGAAUUCGAGAGGUUCGUCUACAAACCGCUGGUAUACUCCUUAUACCCGAACUGGCGCUCCGACCGCUUCCUGCUCCGCUUGCGGGCUACCCAUAGCCGGCCGCAUCGUAACGGCCUGUGGAUCCCGUUUCCAUGCUGAAUGUUUUUCAUGUCACCACUGCCACACCCCACUUGAGUGCGUCGCCUUCUAUCAGGAACCUGAAGGUAAACGAGCCGAAAGGCUCGCGGAUGCCGACUCCAACGACGAAGAAGCCAAUGCUCUGAGAUUUUACUGCCACCUAGAUUUCCACGAGCUUUUCAGCCCACGGUGCAAGAGCUGCAAGACGCCUAUAGAAGGCGAGGUUGUCGUCGCGUGCGGGGCGGAGUGGCAUGUCGGGCACUUCUUUUGUGCCGAAUGCGGCGACCCCUUCACACCGACUACCCCGUUCGUGGAACAUGCUGGGUAUGCGUGGUGCGUCCGUUGUCAUUCUAAGCGAACUGCCUCCCGCUGUCAGGGGUGCAAGCAGCUUGUGCUCGACGAUCUUGUGGUCACUGCUCUGGGUGGGGAGUGGCAUGAGAAGUGUUUCGUGUGCAGCGAGUGUAGUGGCAGCUUCGGGCCGGAAGGGCGCUUUUUCGUCAGGGAAGGGAAACAGAGAUUCACGAAGAACGGGCGACCGAUUAUUGGCUCCACCGACACAGCUGUGUGCGAAGCUUGCGAGGGCCGAAGACUGAAGGCCUAA